AUGGCUUCUGGUCGUACGUCGUCGCCGAUUUUUCAGAAAGAUCCGGCCCGCCCAGGCCCGAGUGCCGCCGCUGCCACCACCAGCGCCCGCAGGACGCCCUCCUCCUCCCGGACGCUUCCUCCCUGGCCCGUCGCCCACUCCCAGUCCUCCCUCGUGCGUCGUCCGGCGACCGGCGCCGCCGCCGGCAACCACCCAGGAGCUCAGUGCCAGCACCAUGGAUGCCCAGUCCUCGAGCUCACCUUGGAGGUUCGAACGCCGCCACGGGACCUUCACCGGCCAGAUCCGGCGCCUCCCUCCCGGAUCCGCGCGCCCUCCAUCUCCUCUACUCGAUCCGGCGCCGCCCAACCCCCCAUGACCUCCACCAUGGCGCCCGCCGAGAUCCUGUGCAUCCUCUCCGUCGAUGCGCCGUCGUCGCAUGAGGACUUGGACGCCUGGCUCGCUGACAACCUCCCCCAAAUCCUACAGGAGGUUCAGUUUGAAUGUGUGAUACAUUGUGUGAUCCAGCGACAAAAUUCAGUUGGUGCUACUAUGUAUCAGUCAAGGGAAUGGUACAGAGAAGAGAGAAUGAGGACAAUACAAAGUGAGUGAGAGAGUGUGAGUGAUUAAUGAAGGGGUAUAGGCUUUGUACUACUACAUACAGUACAUUGUACAAAUAAGGAAGUGGGUGGUGUGCUAUCUUUCCUGACUCAUGUACUGGUGGAUUGAUGUUCUAACGAUCAUAUGAAUUAUCAAUGAAGGAUAACAUGCAUAUUCAGUUCUCCUCUCAAUUUUCAUGGUGCCAAGCUUGAUUUUUAUCCAUCUAACUGACUGAAAGUACCUUCUAAUCACUAUUGAACGCAUAUGUUAGUUAG